AGUUCAUGAGAAUAGUACUCGAUGCGCUCGACGAUUCCUCCUUUCUCCCCGUGAACCUGUCAUCUUUUCUUCCACUAUUUCCUCAUUUUCUUCCUUUCUUUUAAUUCCCGGCUGUCAGCCGCUUAAGAAGAGAGAGACUCCUGCCAUCUCGAAGAGGUACUUUUCUGGCAGAAAGUUGCUAGAUUUCUUCCAAAGCUAUGAACUUUGAGAAGAAAGUAAGGGAAGGAGAGAGUGGCAGCGAAGCAGCCUUUGGUUGUCGGAGGAGGGUGAUGGCGGUUGUUGACGGCGGAGCUCCGGCGAAGCAAGCCAUGAUGUGGGCUCUUACCCACGUAUCCAACAAGGGAGACAUCCUCACUCUCCUCCGCGUUAUUCCACACUCUGAUCACUCUCCCUCUUCUUCUUCCUCCUCCUCUAAGAAAGAGGAACGGGCUCGCCUUCUUGUCAGCUCUCUUGCCUCCCUCUGUAAAGCCUGCCGCCCUGAGGUGGAAGUAGAAGCUCUAGUGAUCCGAGGACACAAGCUCGCUACUGUACUCAGUCAAGUCAAGAAGUUGGAGAUCUCUGUUCUUGUUUUAAGCCAAACAAAGCCUUCACUUCUGUCAUGCCUCAUGAUGAGCAGAAAGGAAAAUUUUGUGGAACAGUGCAUUGAGAAGGCAGAGUGCUUGGCCAUGGCUGUGAGUAAGCAGAGCAAUGGGAUUGGGGGUUACUUGGUGAGCACCAGAUGUCAGAGAAACUUCUGGCUUUUGGCUUGAGAUAUUUCGCUUCACAAGAUAAAAACACUGUGCAAAGUAAAAACCAGCAGCUUUUCUUACCAUUACCAAGAAGUUUUAAUGUCGAUAAAAGAUGUUUAUUAUUAUUAUUAACAAGUUACUGCGUGUUUUUUUGUUGA